UUUUUGCUUGAAUUUCAGAUCCACAGACCAAAACUCAAAAGACACAGAAACUUAUAAAAGUUUUCAGACAUAACAGAAACCCGCAGAACCGAGCCCAAAAAAAGUAACCUUUGUUUCUUCUUCAGUUGAAAAGAGCAGAGGGGGGGGGGGGGGGACAAAACAUAUUAUCUUUAAUGUCCGAAAACGAAACCCACCACUCUCCUCCUCCAGCGCCGUCGCCGGCAUCCACCACCUCCGCGUCUUCAGCACCAGCAAAAUCCUCCACGUCCUCACGCCCAACCACAAUUACUCUCCCGCCACGCUCCUUCAACGAAACAUUCUUCUCCACUCCUACUCCAAAUAUGGGUUUGGGCUUGGGCUUUAGUCCUGGGCCCAUGACUCUUGUCUCCAGCUUCUUCUCUGAUUCCGAUGACUUCAAAUCCUUCUCUCAGCUUCUCGCCGGCGCUAUGGCUUCGCCGGCAGCUGUCAAAGCUCCUCCCUUUCCUCCUCCUGCUCAAGAAGAUAAAAUCUCCGCCAUAGGGGUCACUAGGACGCCGGCGAAUUUGUCGAUCGUUCCGCCGCCGCCGACGUUCUCUCCGGUGGCUCUUCUUGAUUCACCUGGGUUUGGGUUCUUUUCUCCUCAGGGGCCUUUUGGAAUGACACACCAGCAAGCCCUAGCCCAGGUUACUGCUCAGGCUGCAGAAGCCAAUUCCCAUAUACAUAUUCAAGCACAAUAUUCAUCAGCACCAGCAACAUCUUCGACCCAAUUUUCAUCCAUCAGCACUAAUUCAACCAUUCACCAGCAGAUGCCUUCAUCAAUACCAGACACUAAUGCAUCUGAGAAGGAAUUGUCAGACUUCUCGUUUCCUGAUCAGAGAGCACAAGCUUCUUCAGUCACUGUUGAUAAACCUGCUGAUGAUGGCUACAAUUGGCGAAAAUAUGGGCAGAAGCAGGUGAAGGGCAGUGAAUUUCCUCGAAGUUAUUACAAAUGUACACAUCCUAGUUGUCCUGUCAAGAAAAAGGUUGAGCGAUCUCUUGAUGGUCAAGUAACCGAAAUUAUCUAUAAAGGACAGCACAACCAUCAUCCUCCUCUACCCAAUAAGCGUGGGAAGGAUGCUGGAAAUAUGAAUGGAAAUCAGAAUAAUCAAACUGAUUCAGGACUAGCUUCCCAAUUUCAAAUUGGAAAUGUGAACAAAUUGAAAGAUAGGAAGGAUCAAGAAUCAAGGCAGGCUAUGCCUGAACAUUUAUCUGGGACAAGCGACAGCGAGGAAGUCGGUGAUACUGAAACUGGUAUAGAUGAAAAUGAUGAAGAUGAACCCGAGGCUAAGAGAAGAAAUACAGAAGUCAGGGUAACAGAGCCAGUUUCUUCACAUAGGACUGUUACAGAGCCUAGAAUCAUUGUACAGACGACCAGUGAGGUUGAUCUUUUGGAUGAUGGCUAUAGAUGGCGCAAAUAUGGACAGAAGAUUGUCAAAGGCAAUCCUUAUCCAAGGAGCUACUAUAAAUGCACAACUGUAGGCUGCAAAGUCCGUAAACAUGUUGAGAGAGCUGCAACAGAUCCAAGAGCAGUUGUAACAACAUAUGAAGGAAAACAUAAUCAUGAUGUACCAGCGGCAAAAGGGAGCAGCCAUAAUAUAGCCCAUAGUAAUUCAUCUGAGCUAAAACAACAAAAUGUGGAGAAGAAUGCUGUAAAUAACAGAAGAAGGGACUCGAGCACCAAUAAUCGGCCACCUAUAGCGCAGUUGCGAUUAAAGGAAGAGCAGAUAACUUAGUUUCUUCAAGUUAUCACAAAAAGUAGGAUGCCGCAGACAUUUACUAUGAAUCAGGAAAAGCUGUAAGAUAUCUUCGCUGAAAUCUGUUUUUCAUGCUCUUUGAGGCCAUUGUUUUCGUCAAGGCCCAUGUCACAAACUGCCAUAUUCAAAAGGAAGAAAAAAUCAUAACCACAAGAUAUAAGGAAGUCAAUCUGAGGCAAACUUUCUCAGAUUGAUCUACAGGGCAUGCGAUAUUGUUGUAUUUACACAGUUUAGUAAAUAUAUUUCAUUUGGAAAUCUGUUCUUGUGCAUUCUUUUGUACAUUAUCUGGAAGAAAUGUUGCAAAUAGCUGUUAUACAGUUGUUACAUUUGGAUUUUAUGUUUGAAAGUGCAGAUAUUUUUCUACUAA